AAAUGGAGUGCGGCGGUUAUAUAAACAAACGGAGUUAUUGGUGUGUAUUUCCAGCAAACAACAAUGGUGGAGCUCAGUUUUAUGCUGGGGAUUUUAGGUAACAUCUCCGCAUUUCUAAUACUGCUUUCGCCUAUAGGAACAUUCGCGAGGAUAGUCAAAAAGCGAUCGACGGAAGAUUUCUCGAGCUUCCCAUACAUAUGUAUGGUGUUGAAUGCAUCGCUGUGGACUUACUACGGAAUCAUCAAACCAGAUGCGUUGCUUGUAGCUACAGUCAAUGGAUCUGGCAUCGUUAUAUCCACCGUCUACCUCUUUCUCUAUCUCGCAUUUGCUCCUCCUAAGAUCAGGGCGAGGACGGCGGCGAUAGCGGCGGUGAUGGAUGUAGGGUUUGUGGUGGUGGCGAUUUGGGUGAGUAGGUUUGAAUUGGAGGGAGAAUCAAGCAUUAAUUUCACUGGGUUUCUGUGUGCGUGUUUCAACAUUCUUCGAUACGCUUCGCCUUUGUCUAUCAUGAGACAAGUGGUGAUAACAAAGAGUGUGGAAUACAUGCCACUCUUGCUUUCAAUUUGCCUAUGCGCCAAUGGACUGACCUGGGCUACUUACGCGAUGCUAGUUCGUGACAUUUUUCUCCUUGUACCGCAUAGCAUGGGGUUUUUACUUGGAGUGUCACAGUUAGUACUCUAUGCUAUGUAUAGAAAAGCAAAGUCAUCAAAUAAUGCAAUUGGAAUUGGUGAUUUGGAAGAGAGAUGUGAACAUCACCAACAACUCCUUGUUCCACAUCAACAUUGAUUAUUCAUGUGUACUAAAAUUUCAUACUGUCCAAAUAUGGAGCAGCUAAUUUCACUAGUGAACUUUUUAUAUUUA